UGACGCCUCGGAGUUUCCCGAGAAAACCUCGUCCGGUGAGGGAGCAGCCGGACCCCGGCGGUAUUUAAGGAUUUAGUGACGGGGUUGCACAGCUGCAGCUCACACACACACACACUCUUCCUCUCACAGGUGCUUACACCACCUUCAGACCCGGGACGCCUUCGUCGCUGCAGCAGAAAUGUCUCAUUCUAAACCGCUGCUCAUCCCGUGGCUGCGGGCUCGCAUCGACAGCGGCAAGUAUCCCGGAGUCCAGUGGACGAACCCGGAGCGGACAGAGUUCUCCAUCCCGUGGAAACAUGCUCUAAGACAGGACUCCUCCGACACCGACAUCCUCAUCUUCAAGGCCUGGGCAGAGGUGAGCGGCAACGGCCAGGCUCAGGGAGACCCCUCGAUCUGGAAGAGGAACUUCCGCAGCGCCCUCCGAGUCAAAGGCUUCAAAAUGGUCAGGGACAACAAGAACGACACCGCUUUCCCCCACAAAGUGUUUCUCUGGCCGGAGGAGCCGGCAUCAGGAGCUAACUCCUCAGCCGGAUCCCAGGACCAAGACGACCCCAGUCUGUUUGAGGAUGUCGGCUUUCCCAUACAAGAAAGCCAGAUGGAGUCAUGCCUCGACGACUGUCUCUAUCUCGCAGACAAAACUCUGUUCGUAGAUUCCGCUGCCAGCCACGAUAUCCUCCAGGAGUGUCUGAAGGGACUGAACAUUGGCCCUGACACAGAGGGCACCGCGGGCUUUGAGCCUCCUCCUGAGCAACAGCAGCUCCAAAACCAGCUCGCCAUUGGUGGAUGUGCGUUGCCUGGGCAACAGCAGCAUCCAGUAACGUUUGAGAGUGCAGUCGGUGAAGCUGGGUUGCCUGAGCAACCGGCACGUCCAAUGGAGGGAGCCAUGGGAGGGGCCUGUGGUGGGCAGUUGGUGGAGCAGUUCCUGCAAGCCAUGAACAGGACCAGUGGUGGAGAUAAUUUCAAGACUCAGUUCAGGAUAUCAGUGUACUACAGAGGGGUGAAGGUGUCAGAGCAGCUGGUCGAGAAUGAGGCUGGAAUCCGCUUAGUCUACAGACCCGAGCUCAUGGGGACAGUGGUGGAUCCUGCGUCAGGCCUCUCCCUCGUCUCCCUGCCAAGUCCUACAAUGCUGGUGGAUCAAACCCAAGUCAAUCUGACCCAACGCAUCCUGGACAAGCUGGGCAAUGGCAUCGACUUUGGUGUGUCGGGCCACGUAUUCUACGGCCAGCGGCACGGCGAAGUCAAAGCAUUUUGGAGCUUCUCCAAGCAUGACAGCAUCAGAACGCCCCAAGAGAUUUCUAAACUGGAGCCUCAGCUUCUGUACACGUUCAAGGACUUUGUGCAAGGAAUAUUGAAAUUCAUUGCAUCUGAAGGUGGAGAGUCCCCUCCGUGCACCCUGUUCUUCUGCCUCGGGGAGAAGUGGCCUGACCCACACAACAAGUCCUGGGAGAGGAAGCUCGUCACAGUGGAGGUGGUCCUCACUUCAAUGGAGCUACUGAAGAAUAUGGCUGUUGUAGGCGGCGCCUCCUCUCUGCAGUCCGUGGAGCUGCAGAUGUCGCUGGAAGAGAUGAUGGAGAUGUACUGACACGCUGUGUGCCAGAAUGAAAAGAAUCUGUUUACUGGUUUUCUGUAAUCCUUUACCCCGAGGAAAUCCCCUCAGAAAUAAUCAAAGUUUACAUGUUACUGAACAUUUUAUGUCUUUAUUCUACACCGGAUAGAACCGGUCAGUUAAUAAUCAUGGUGUUGAUAAUUUCUCUGGCGUUUCACAUGCUGACUCUGUCCUAAGGAGCAAAGCAAAGCUUUGUAACUAUGUUUAUACAUGAAUAUGUGCCUUUAAAUGUAAUUUGAAUAUUUUUACAUAAAAUAAUGGGACUAGGAUUUGAUAGGAUCUUAUUGGUGCUUGUGUUUCUAAGAUACCGUGCUGCUUUCUGUUGCAUAAAAUGAGCAACAUGAAAGAGCUCUGUCACUCAGCCUUCAUUCUGUUUUUGCCAGUAACAUGUCUGUCCUGAUAUAAGUGCACUUCUCUCUUUUGCUAUAAAGCAAAGCAGCAGAUUUGUCUCAAUGUGCAAUGUCAUCAGAAAGCUGUCUAUCAUCCCAUGAAUGCUCCUAUUUGAUCAUUUAUUUACAGCAGGGCUGCAGCUAAAAAUGUUUUUCACUGGAGAUUAAUCUGUAAUUUUUCUUUUCUUGAUUCAUCGAUUUGUUGUUUGGUCUCUAGGUAAUAGUCAGAAAUAUUAAUCAGUCUUUUCCAAUUCCCAAGAUAACGACCUCAAAUGUCUUGAUUUGUCCACAACCCGAAGAUACUCGGUUUAAUCUUGUAGCGGAGAUAAGAAACCAGGAAAAUAGAAAUAAAAAUCACU